AUGCUCCGAGCAACUGCAUUUCCGGCACCGAACAAUUCCGUGGCGGCUCUCUCUGCAAAGCACACGUGUCCUUAUCUUGAACCCACUCGUGUCAUUUGUCCUCGUUCUUCUUUCGCUUCGAGUUUCAACCUCCUACAAUCCCGGCAACUUCCCGUGAAGUGUUUUGGCGCCGUACGCGGUGGUCGUGGAUUUGUCCUGGCGGCAGCGAAGAAGCAAGGUAGUGGAAGCGUGAACCUAGUUGAAAUUGAGAGGGAUUUCGACGACGAAAAUGACGAGGAUGUUAGUUUCGAAUAUGAUGAAGAGGACGAAGAAGAUGUUGCUGCUGCUGCUGAUGAUAAUGAUGAUGUGGAAGAAGAGAUAGGUGCGUCUGAUGCGAUGAGAAAAUGGUUUGAGAAGAAGCCGAAGGGGUUUGGUGAAGGGAAAGUGUAUGACACUUCAAUUGAAGAUAAGAUGCUUGAAGAAUUGCAGCGAAGUAAACGAGCACAAGCUGCUAAUUUGAAAAAGCUUAAAACUAAUCCUAUCAACAAUGCCUCCAAAAAUGAUGCUCAGAAGAAGAAAGAUGAAAAGGCUGUUCCUAUCCGAAGCCAAGUGCGUUUGGUGAAUCUACCAAAGAAAAGGAAAAUUGAUAGGGAUUUGAAAUCAGCUUUUCAAGGGAUUCCGGGUAUAGUAAAUAUAGUCCCUGCUGUUAUUGGAAACAAGAAGACAAGGGAUCCUAUCUGUAAGGGUUUUGCUUUUGUUGAUUUCAAGCAUGAAGGAGAUGCAGUUAGGUUUGUAGAGUUAUACACCGGACAAACUAUUACAUUUGGCAAAAUUCAAAAGCAGAUAAAAUGCGAGCUUGUAAAUGCACAGUCUUCCUCUUCUUCUCUGGAAUUAAGAAAAAAUCACAACACUGCUCUACCUCUGUUACCCUCCUUUGAAGAUGAUUCAAAUGAGGAUUCUUAUAUGGAUGAUUCUGCCCUAGGUACCUGGGAAGAAACCGAUUUAGAUAAUACAGAUGAUCAAAGGGAAAGUGAUGGGGAGAAUGAAGAGCUUGUCACUGCUUUGAAGUUGGAUAGUGAUGACAGAGUAGAAAUGGUAAAUAAUUCUGAAAUCAAUUCACUUCCCUCAAAGCAGGUUGGUGGAAAGAAGAAAGCAUCUGACAAAGUUGGACAAAAAAAUGCUCCUAAGCAAAAACCUACAAAAGAGAAUGCAAAAAAGGUUUUAGAUAUUCCUGGAUCUGCGAAAAGGUUAAAGAUCAAGGAAAAGGCUGUAUUGGGUGGCGUUUUCUCCAAGUACGGAUCAAAAACUGCCCUUGUUUCAAAGGAUAAUUAG